AUGUCUCAAAGUCAAAAAGAGGCCUGGGAGCGCCUGCAGGUCAUGCUCUCGAAGCGCAAGGCUGGCUUCGGCGGUGGCUUCCCAUCCGGGGGUGGCCGAGGCGGCUUUGGACUUGUCGGAGGUCUCAUUCUGGCCGGUGUUGGCACCUGGGUCGUGUCAAACUCACUUUUCAACGUUGACGGUGGUCACCGUGCCAUUAAGUACUCGCGCUUAGGUGGUGUCAAGAAGGAAAUCUACGCCGAAGGAACUCAUUUCCAAAUUCCGUGGUUCGAAACCCCCAUCAUCUACGAUGUCCGCGCCAAACCUCGCAACAUCCCUUCUCUUACCGGUACCAAGGACUUGCAGAUGGUCAACAUCACCUGCCGUGUCCUGUCUAGACCCCGUGUAGAUGCUCUGCCUCAAAUCUACCGCACACUUGGUCAAGACUUCGACGAGCGAGUCCUGCCCUCGAUUGUCAACGAGGUGCUGAAGAGCGUUGUUGCUCAGUUCAAUGCCAGUCAGCUUAUUACACAGCGUGAGAUGGUUGCCCGUCUGGUGCGAGACAACCUUGCCCGCCGCGCUGCCCGGUUCAACAUUGCUCUGGAUGAUGUGUCCUUGACGCACUUAACCUUCUCCCCUGAGUUCACCGCCGCUGUUGAGGCUAAGCAGGUCGCUCAGCAAGACGCUCAGCGUGCUGCGUUCAUGGUUGACAAGGCCCGCCAAGAGAAGCAGGCUUUCAUUGUCCGCGCACAGGGUGAGGCCCGCUCGGCCGAGCUCAUUGGUGACGCUAUCAAGAAGAGCAGGAGUUAUAUUGAGCUCCGGAAGAUCGAAAAUGCUCGUCAAAUUGCCCAGAUUCUCCAUGAGAACGGUGGCCAGAACAAGCUUUACCUCGAUACCCAGGGCUUGGGCCUGAAUGUCAAUGCUCACGGCGAGGAGGGCAAAUAA